UUCGUUUAUUAAUGUUGCCUACUGCUUAGUUUUACAGGGAUUAUAUUCAUUCUCUAUAAAAAAAAAACAUUUUGCUUUUAAGUUAAAAAUAAUUUGUUCUUGGAUGAUUUGUAUUUAAAAAAAAAUUAGUAUAAAUAACGAAGUUUUUUUUUCUUAACACAAACUUGGAUCACUGGUCAAAACAAGACAACAAUGUCUACAAUGCCUUGUUCUAUUAUGAUGAACUCGCUGCUGUCGUUGACGUUGUUGCUGAGUCUGCCUUCGCUGGAAGCUGCGCCACAAAGAACUCCUAUGUCAUUUCCAAAUAUUUUCAUUGCCAGAUGUCAGGAGUUCCAGGAAGUUAUCAAGCCGGAGUUGUUUGAAAACAACCCAAAAAAUUGUUCUACACUCUGGUACAAGUUUGCCAGUUCAUUCAUGUACAAAGAUCCAUGCAAUGUAAAGUCCGAAGAUUACCAGGAUUUCCUGAAUGAAGCGGAUCAUUACAUGGAUACGAAAGAUAAGACCAUGUAUUGGAGCGGUAUGACCGACUUUGUCAUUGCGUACACUGCCUACAGCAAAACCUACACCACAAUAAGGGACCAACUGGCUGUGUACAUACUGAAGAACUCAGACGUAUGGUGCGGACAGGAGGGAAAACCUGACAUGAACUUCAAGCAGUGUCCCGGUUUUGAAAACUGUCCCAAUUCUGCUGUCGGAGCAUUUUGGAAACAAAUGUCUAAACACUUUGCCAGCAAAGUUAGAGGCACGGUUCAUUUGAUGUUGAAUGCCAGUAGUCCUGCUGCUUUCCGAGAAAACAGUAUCUUUGCUACACACGAGUUGCCAAACUUGAACAGAGCCAACACUCCGCGUCUCUUCGUCCAUAUGGUCAGCAAUCUAGGUUCAACACCUGUCGAAGAAUGUGUAACUGGGUCGGUGGCAAGACUGAAAGAGUUGGUGGAAAAGAAGGGAAUGGCUUUCCAUUGUGAUCUGAAUAAUAGGAGCAUACGCCACUUCCAAUGUGUUGACGCAGCAGAUCACAAGGGGUGCCCCCAAGAGCAGGUCUGCCCUGAUAUAGCCCACGGUAAUUCGCAACAAAAACAGCAGAAGUCGUCUGGUGAGAACGGGGCCAACAGCCUAGAUGGAGUCGUCAUAACUCAUUUACUGUGUUUGUUUUUAGCGUUGUAUCGUUCUUCUUCUGUUUGAAACUGAUGGAGAAGUAUUUGAGUGAAACGAUCAAAAUAUGCAAUUUAGUUGUUUCACUUGGUUUGUAGUGGAUCAUAUUUUUCUUUUUGUCAAGAUUGAACACGUUAACUACUGUUUGCGAUUAUCUAGUUUGUAUUUUUUGGUCGUUUUAUGGUGAAUUAUGAUGCUAAUUAACAAAUUGGCGGUUAGGAAUGAAGUUUUAUUAAGAAUUUCUAUAUAUUAUGUUCAAUGAAUUGUAGAAGUUAAUAUAAUGAGACUCAGUCACUAAGUUAAUAAAUGAGUAUUUUAAUUGAGUUUUUUGGUUUUUACUGUAUAAGUUUAAAGCUUAUUUUCUUUUUUUGCAUUAAUAUUUUUAAAGGUUUCAAAUGUCUUUUGAUAAUGUUACAUGGUGAUGUAUGUAUAUUUUGAGUGUGAUUUGGUGUUUGCUUUGCACGUGUGUAUGUGUGAAUACGCGAAUGUUUGUACUACGUAUGUGUGUAUAAGUAAAUGCGUAUGCGUGUGAAUUUUUUUUAUUUGAGUGCACGUCUGCUUGUGCAUGUGUGCUUAUUCGUGUUGCUUCAAUGAAUCAUCGCGAGAACGUAUGCUCCAUUUGUUAUUACCUACUUGUACGUACGUGUGUGUGAUCGAUGAUAAUUUGAUAUUAAUUUGCUUUGCCAUGAUUUGUCUCUUAUCAGUUUAUUUUAUUAAAUAUUUGAAAAAAUCAAUUAAAAUAACAAAAAUUGUCGUUUUUUCAAUAUUUAUUGAAAAAUUAUUUUUGAAAACGCAAUUUUUUUAAAAUUUCAGCUAAUCUUUUCAGAAAAAGAAACCAAUUUUUUUGAAUGUAAGAAA